UGGUACAAGGCUGUUGUGAAUAGCCUUGUACCAUGUGACCUCUGUGAUCAUUCACAGAUUUCACACGUAGUAAGCAAUGAUGUCAUAAGAGACAUCUUGCUUACUACUAUUCAUGUGAUCACUGAUCGGCCAAUCAGUGAUCACAUGAUCAAGGCCUCACACAGAGGUCCCGUACAGCGAUCUCCGGACAGCGGGCACCGGAUCGUGGUGCCGCGCGCUCCCAGGGAGCGUGCACAGGCUUAAAAUGCGGGCGCUGUUUAUGAAUGGCAACCCACUCCUGCACUGCUCCCGUCCGGCCCAUGUAUAUAAACGGCCGGACAGGAGCAGUGCAGGAGCGGGUUGCCGUUCAGAAA